GUGCGGGGGAAGGGGUAGGGAAGGAAUGUUGCUGUGAUAUUCAGUCAGUCCGACCGUCACCGUGAAGCUUACGUGACGUGCCUAGUGAGUGUUCAGUGUCCACUGUGUGUUUGUACCCGGAUCUCACACUUCGUCAACUGUUCCGAGGGUGGACUUGUCUCUCUCAAGUUUAAGUCGUUACUUACUUCAGAAUGUUCUGCCCUCGUGUCCCAAAGAAGAAAGGGCCUGUCGAGCCUGUUGAUAUGAAUGGCGAGCUUGCUCAGUCGGUGAAGAAGAUGAUUUCAGCUGAUAAGGUCGUCAUUUUCUCCAAAACCUAUUGCCCUUACUGCAAUAUGGCCAAGGAGGCUUUCGACAAGAUUAAGUUCAAGUACACAGCUGUGGAGUUGGACAAGCGUGAUGAUGGGGACCAGAUUCAGGCAAUUCUUGGAGAAAUUACUGGUGCUACAACCGUUCCACGUGUGUUCUUGGAAGGAGAGUGCAUUGGAGGAGGUACUGAUGUAAAAGCUUUACAAGAAAGUGGUGAGCUAAGUAAGAGACUUGGUCUUGCUUAGACAAGUUAUUUUAUCUUGUUCCAUAUUUUGUAAGUCCGUUUUGAUGUCUUAUUUUAAACCUUGGUAAUUUUAUCAUUUUUUUUUAAGACACAUAAAUUUUUGCUUUAUCAUUUGUUGUGCAAUCACAUCAGUCAUUUGUUAUGUAAAAUUUUGGCAAAUACUCAUGAAAUUCAAUGAACUGUUAACUAUUUAGAACUAUGCUGAUUAAAAACCCAUUCAAAACUA